CGCCGGGGCACCGGGCCAAUGCGGAAGCAACGGGCAUAUCCUGGGCUGUGAUUGGCUGGAUGACCCGCCCGUCAUCGUCGAGCGAGGAUUGUCGCUUUGCCAGUGCGCCAAGUCGUCGAUGGGCUUCAGUGUUUGGCUUGACAAGUUUGCGUCAACUAGCGCGAGGCCGACAUUCAGCAGUUAGUUGACAGAUCGGAAAACAACAACAGCAGCAAUUAUAGCGCUCAAGACUGUGGCAAAUGUAGGCACACGAGACGCUUCCGAAUAUUCGCCCCCCCCCCCCCAACAUUUUACACUGAGCGGGAUAUCCUAAAAACAAGAGCAGAGAUGAACAGUUUGUCGUUUGACGACCCUUCGUUGGAUCAUCUGGAUCCGACAUUGUCGCUGAACGACCCCAGCGAUAUUGACACGGCCCUCUUAAGCGACAUUGACGACAUGCUGAAGCUCCUCAUCCACCAGGAAGGGGACCUGGGAGGCCUCUUUGACAACCCCCCAUACGAAGGAUCCGCCACCAAUCAGGAACUUUUGUGCCCGCCGUCGUCCGCGACGCCCCUGAAUGCCACCGCUACACCUCCAUCCGCUUCUUCCUCCUCCUCGUCCAUCCUCAGCAGCAGCCCCCACCUGGAUGCGCUCCUGGGCCCCCCCAUUUCCCGCAGCUCAUCCAGCCCGGACAAGGCCUUUCAGCCUCCCACCUUUCAGCAGUGCCCCCUGGCCCAGGUGCCCCUCUCUCCCCCGCCGCCACAGCCCAAAGCGGAACCUUCCCGGACCGUCGUGGCUCAGACCGCUCCGGGCCUCGCGGCGUCACCCGGUGGCUCGCCGCUACCGAUCCCCGCAUAUAGCGGCACCCCCCCAAAUGCGGCCCAGCCUCCAAAGCAGCCGCAGACGCAAGUUGAGGCCCAGACUCCGAGCAGAGGCCAGAACGGCUACGCAGCCAGCAACGUGAGCCAGCCGGCCGCCACGGUGUCGCCGAAGGUUCGGCCGGCGGCCGUUCAGACUCCGUCGCAAGGGGCGACCGCCGCCUCGCCCCCGCCGGCCGCGGCAGGAAGUCCCCCCGUUCAGACGCUCGCGUCUCAAGUGCAACAAGUUCCCCUGAUACUGCAGCCGCACUUCAUCAAAGCGGAGUCUGUGCUGUUGACCACGCUGAAACACGACCCCUGCAUGGUGACCACCGUGGCCUCACCCACAUCUCUGGUCACCACCACGCCGGUGCAGAGCGCGUCGCUGCAGGCUUUUGUGGGCGGGGGCACCUUCCUGACGACCGUGCCCGUCGUGGUGGAUGCCGAGAAGCUGCCGAUCAACCGCAUCAUCAACAACGGCAAGGCGGGCGGCCCCCCGGCCAAGGGCGAGAAGCGCACGGCUCACAACGCCAUCGAGAAGCGAUACCGUUCGUCCAUCAACGACAAAAUCAUUGAGCUCAAAGACUUGGUGGCGGGCACCGAGGCCAAGCUGAAUAAGUCAGCCGUGUUGAGGAAAGCCAUCGACGUGAUCCGUUUCCUGCAGCAGUCCAAUCGGAAGCUGAAGCAGGAGAACCUGGCGCUGAAAAUGGCAGCCCAGAAGAACAAGUGUCUGAAGGACCUGGUGGUCGCCAUGGAGGUGGACGGCCCGGCCGACGUGAAGACCGAGCUGCCCACCCCGCCCGCGUCGGACGUGGGCUCGCCCUCUUCGUUCUCGCAUUGUGCCAGUGAUUCGGAACCCGACAGCCCGAUGGGAGACGACACCAAGCCACACGUGGGCACGCCGGACCCGUCGGCCACAGGCGGCAUGCUGGACCGCUCCCGCAUGGCGCUGUGCGCUUUCACCUUCCUCUUCGUCUCCCUCAACCCUUUGGCCAACCUGCUGUACUCACCCGCCGGCGGCACGGCGGCCGGCGACGUGCCCGGCGCCGCCCACCACGCCAGAAGGAGCGUUCUAGGCUUUGACAUCGCAGCCGACUCGUGGGGCUGGAUGGACUGGAUGCUCCCGACGAUCCUGGUGUGGCUCCUGAACGGCAUCUUGGUGUCGGGAGUUCUGAUCCGACUUCUGGUGUACGGAGAGCCCGUGACCAGACCUCAUUCCGGAUCUUCUGUCUUGUUUUGGAGGCACCGCAAGCAGGCAGACCUGGACCUGGCGAGGGGGGAUUUUGCCCAGGCCAGUCAGAACCUUUGGACUUGUCUGAAAGCUCUGGGUCGCCCCUUACCCACCUCCCAGCUGGACUUGGCCUGCGCCUCGCUGUGGUCGCUCCUCAGGUUCUGGCUUCAGCGCCUGUGGGUGGGCCGCUGGCUGGCCGCAAGGGCGGGAGGGCUGCGAUCGGACCGCCCCCUGCAGGAAGACGCUCGCAAGAGCAGCCGAGACGCCGCUCUGGUGUACCUCCGCCUGCACCAGCUGCACAUGACAGGUAAACUGAACGGCAACCACCUGGCGGCCACGCACAUGGCCCUCAGCGCGGUCAACCUGGCGGAGUGCGCCGGCUCGUGCCUGCCCGUGGCUUCGCUGGCCGAGGUCUACGUGUCCGCGGCGCUCCGCGUCAAAGCCAGCCUGCCGAGGAUCCUGCACUUCACCUCUCGUGUUUUCCUGAGCAGCGCGCGUCAAGCGUGCCUGUCGUCCAGCGGUCACGUGCCCCCCGCCAUGCAGUGGCUCUGCCACCCCCUUGGGCACCGCUUCUUCGUGGACGGAGACUGGGCCAUCCGCAGCGUCCCCAAAGAGAGCAUCUACAGCCAGGCCGGCAACACCGUGGACCCUUUGGCCCAGGUGACUCAAGCCUUCCGAGAACACCUCCUGGAAAAGGCUCUUUACUGCGUGGCCCAGCCCAAAGGGGAGAAAAGCCCCAGUCAGGGUGACGGGGAGUACGCCGACGCCCUGGAGUAUCUGCAGCUGCUGAUUAGCGCCUCCGACGCGGCCGGUGCCACGUCCCACUCCUUUGCCAUCGGAUCCAACAUGGCCACCGUGACGGGCUGCGACCCCCACUCCAAGUGGUGGUCCUCCGUCGCCGUGGUGAUCAUCAACUGGCUGCAAGGCGACGACGCGGCGGCGGAGAGGCUGUAUCCGACCGUGGAGCGUCUGCCGCGGACCCUGCAGAGCGCCGAGAGUCUGCUGCCCCAGGCUUGCUUCAACACCUUCCGAGCCGUGCGGGCUCUGCUGUCCAAGCCGGAAAACUGUCAGUUGAGCCUGAGCCGCAGCGACAAGGCCGGCGCCCUCCUCCGGGACGGCCUCAACUUGGGCCCGCACUCCCACAGCUCCGCGUUAGACAAGGUCGUCCAGUUGCUGCUGUGUGACCUGCUACUCGUGAUGAGGACCAACGUGUGGCAUCUUCAGCAGCAGUGGCAGGCGGCGGCGGGGGUCCAGCAGGCCUCGCCGCCCGAGCUCCAAGGAUUUCAGCAGGACCUCAGCUCCUUACGCAAGCUGGCGCAGAGCUUCCGGCCGGCCAUGCGGCGAUUGUUCCUUCACGAAGCCACCGCCCGCCUGAUGGCGGGCGCCAGUCCCACCCGCACGCAUCAGCUGCUGGACCGCUCGCUGCGGCGCAGGGCCACGCCUGGAGCAAAGACAGAAGAGUGCGAGACGCGGCCGGGCCGGCGCGAGCAAGCGGAGGCGGUGAUGCUGGCGUGCCGCUACCUGCCCCCGUCUUUCCUGUCGGCGCCGGGCCAGCGGGCGGGCAUGCUGGCCGACGCGGCCCGCACGCUGGAGAAACUGGGCGACAAGCGCACGCUUCACGACUGCCAGCAGAUGAUCAUCAAGCUGGGCGGCGGGACCACCGUCACCAACAGCUAGAGACGGCCAAAACGGACUCCCGGGCGCUCCGUGAGGUCGUCGUCUUGGUCGCGGCGGCAGCGGCUUAUGAGCACAAUCUCGGAAGUGUUUGGUUUCUUCUUUCCCCGGAGUGGCAGUUCAGGGCAGUGCCGCGUUUGACCUCAGAGAGGCGCCACCGCCCGUUCUUUUGGGAGGAAAACGACCAUAUUUGGUCAAUCUGCACUUCGGUGAGCCGCUUCGUUUUUUCGACAUGUACAUAGAAUACCACGAAUAAUGUAUUUAUGAUCUGUAUGGAUUUGGAUUGGGCGUUAUUUGGCAUACGCGGGAUGCCAAAAUUCGAGGUGACCUUUGGCCCGUGCCGCUCGUGAAAAGUUGCAUUUCAUCCGUGCGACUAAAAAAAAAAAAAAUCACUUGAUUUUUUUUUUUCUCCCAAAGAGGACUUUGUUUCCUGGGGGGGGGAUGUUACCAAAAAAAAAAAAGUUAUUGUUUUUGUUGCAGGAUAGAGUAUUAUUCAACAGCAAAAAUGCGUUUGUGGGUCUUCCCUCACGUAUUUUCUUCUCGUGAUCAUAUCGACAUUAAAAAGACUUUUUGGAGUAAAAUGA